CCCAUCGUGUCCGCGGCAUGCGAGGUAAGCCGUGGCUCGCACCAUGGACGAUGACGUCAACCGGAGCUCGGAUCUCCCUGCCGACGAGCGAAGAGUUCGAGCUAGUCGGGAGCGCGGCGGAGCCCGAGCUGCACAUCGCCGGCGAUGUGAGCGAGGAGCAGCUCCAGGAAUCGCUGAAGGAGGUGCUGCAGGAGGGCGUCGAGUGCAGCAAAAUGCUGGACGUUCUCGCCCGGUGCGGAGACGGAGGUUCACGGUUCAGAGUGUGGGGGAAAUCAGAAGAAUCAUGUGAAUAAUGGCAUUGAUUUUAAUGCCACUGAAAAUAUCAUUCAUUUUCGGGGGAGUUCCUUUGAUUCAAAAUUUGCAAUGUACACUACAUCACCUAGUCCUUUAGAUGAAGAUCUAAUGUCGAUAUCGGCAAGUUUAGCCGAUGGAGAAUACACAGUAUUUGAUCGUAUUACGUACCUCGGAGGUGCUGUCAUCAGUGAUCCAAACAGUGUAAUAGAAAUAAAAAGAAAUAUGUCUGUUCUAAAUAAUCAAUCAUCUGCUUCAGCACUCCAUAUUUCCUUGUCCCUGCCAUUGAAUUCCGAAGGAUGUGUUAUUUUAUAUGAACCAAGUUCUUCAAAUGAAAUAGCAAGUUUUCCUAUCAUACAAAUCAAGGCCCAUAUUGCGGGAGACGUUGAUACCAAAGAAGCCAAUUGUCUGACUCUAGUAUGUAGCUGCAGCCAAGGCACCAUUCCCGAUUCGACCAUCUUUCAGUGUCAUGUGUUCCGCUGUGAAGUACCAGAAGCUGUGUCAAAAAUAAUGCAGUGCUUCUCGGCUGCCCUGAAAAAAACUCCGAAAUUACCUAUUCCAAAGUCUGAAUCUUUUGGCAUUGAUAAAAGCUCAACUGAUUUGAAAAACAAUCUGGUGAAUUAUGUGUUUGAAGGAACAUUGGAAUUCAAGGAAGAUGAUUCCAAGGGUGGAUAUGCUAACUGUCCUCGAGAUAAAGAUUACUUCAAACUAAGGUCAAAGUUAGAAAAAAGUGUGACUUUAACUGUUCAGCAAGUGUCAGACAAUAGAGAACUUGUUAUUGAAAGAUGCUUUGGGCUGCUUAUAUCUCCAGGCAGAAAUGUUAGAAACAGUGAUAUGCAGCUAGUAGAAAUGGUAUCGUUUGUGAGAACACCCGGGGAAAAAGAUGUAUAUACAGUCACUGGUUUGUGGGAUCCCAAUGAAGAAGUGUUUGAAGUAUUGAAUACUGAGACUCCAAAAGACACUAGGGUGUAUAUGACCAUAGCCGCUGACCUUGUCAUAGCAGGAAUACAGGAGCCGGUGAGGUUCGUUAUCGAAACAAAGGCAAAAAUAUUUCCUCCGACGGAACGCUUUUGGUACUUCUCGAAGAAAACUUUGUUGGAGAACUUUUAUUUAAGAGUAAAAGAAAUGGAGCUGGAUUCUGGCGAUCAUGCAAUGCAAGUUGUAAGUGUAACUAGCACCACCAAACUGCAAAACAAGAAGGCAUCUCUCAGUUUGAACAUAACAAAAGCCGAUUCCAAAGCCACAAAUGUGCCAACGCCAUCCAGUCCGGAAGACGUCGACUCCCCAUCUGAUAAUGAUGAGCCUUUAUUGAGCGGUACUGGAGAAGUGAGCAAAGACUGUACGGAAACUGAACUGGAAGGCUGGUCCGAAGCAUUAUUGAAGUGGAGGCAGAAUUUAUCCCAACGACCCAAAAACUUGAGGAAUCUCGUGAGGCGGGGCAUCCCGGAAGCAUUGAGGGGUGAAGUUUGGCAGCUGCUUGCUGGAUGUCACGAUCACAAGCAAAUCGUUGAUACUUACAAGUCUCUUAGCAACAAGGAUUCUUCCUUUGAAAAUAUAAUAAUGCGAGACAUCAAUAGAACAUUCCCUGCUCAUGAACUUUUCAAUGAAAAGAAUGGAACAGGUCAAGAGUCAUUACUGAAAAUUUGCAAAGCAUAUUCAAUAUAUGAUCCAGAAGUUGGUUAUUGUCAAGGGCUGUCUUUUCUUAUCGCAGCUUUGUUAUUGCAUAUGCCAGAAGAACAAGCCUUUGGUGUGUUCAUGAAAAUUAUGUUUGACUAUUCUACUAGGGACAUGUUUAGAAAUGGGUUCGAGCAGCUGCAUCUUAAAUUUUUUCAGCUUCAAAAAUUAAUGGAGGACCAGUUACCAGAGUUGGCUUCUCACUUUGAAGAUCUUGGGAUUGAAGUUCACAUGUUUGCUUCUCAGUGGUUUUUAACUCUUUUUACGGCAAAGUUUCCUCUAAAUCUCGUGUUUUUCAUCAUUGACUUAUUCUUAUUGGAAGGAAUAGAUGUUAUUUUUCAAGUUGCUGUUGCUCUGCUUAUGUUGUCACAAAAGGAACUUUUAGCACUAGAUUUUGAAGGAGUACUAAAACAUUUUAGAGUAUCAUUACCAAAGAAAUACAGGUCUGAAGAUUUUGCGAAACUACUUAUCCGAAAUGCCUUAAAAGUCAAAGUUAAAAGGUUAAAGAAAUACGAACGAGAUUAUGCACUAUUUUUAAAUCAAGAAAAAACGCAAGAAGAUCCUAUCAAAGUGUUACAGAGAGAAAAUAAACGAUUGUUGGAUGCUAACCUCCACCUUGAUAGAGAAAACGACGAUCUCGCUCACGAGCUCAUUAACAUUAAAUUGCAAUUACGAAGUGAUCUAGUCAAGUCUGAAGAUAAAGUGGAAACUCUUACAAAAGAGCUGCAGGCAGCUUCUAUUACAAUCAUGGAGUUGGAAGAAGAAAAGAAACGACUUACUCUUGAAGUUGCCCAGCUAAAAGAAAUGUGCCGGAGAGAACUCCAAAGAGCCGAGACCGAAAGUGUGCGUAAUGCAGCCAUCAUUUCUGAUUACAAACAAAUUUGCAGUCAGUUAAGCACCAGACUUGAAAAAGAACAAACUGCAGCCAAACAACAUAUAGAGAUUGUAAAGGACAAAAUUGAAAAUUGCAUCGAGUGUUCAAAGUAUCUGGACCUAAUAGCUCCCACCACAUCAUCAAAGAAUGCGUUCAAGGAAUCUCAACUCAACAAGGAGAACCAGACCCACGAGAUCGAGAACCAAGCCAGGGAAUUGGAGCUGGAGCUUGCGAGAACCAAAUUGGCCUUGGUUGAAGCCGAGUGCAAGAACCAGGACUUAACGCAUCAGUUAAACACAGCUAUAAAUGAGUUGCAGACAUCAAAGAACACUUGGCUCCAAAAAACAUUCUCGAGCAUCAGGGACGUGGCCAAGAAAGACAGCAUUGCCGCGAAGGAAAAGGACAAUAGCUAAUUUAGUCUUUUUAUUUUUGCUUAGGGACCAGAGCAAUACUGCUAAGCUAAUUGUGUUGUCUGAAAUUAUUUCAGUUAUGUGAUUGCGAUCGUGAUAUCUGUUCAAAGUGUACAGCUUGAAGAUUUUCCUUUUUUUAUAUUUGUAUUUAUGUAUGUACAUUAUGUAAAUCUUGUGUGUAUCAUAUUUUAAUUGAAGAUAGUGCAAUUUGUAAAUUGCCCGGUAAUUGUAGAUUUUUGUAUUAUCAUGAAAAUAAAAUGUGAUUCGUGUA